AUAGUUUCCCUUUGUCUGUCACAAGCGUGUCCCCGCACGCACGCGGAGCCCCAGCGACAAUUUCAGCUCGCGCCGGUCACAUGACCCAGCCUCCACUGACAGAUGUCUCUCGGCGUUUUCCACAUGUCUGCUGCUGUGUUUGUAAAAUAUCCUGAUCAUGUGCUUUGCUGAGCAAGUGUAUUGUCUUUUCACUAGUGGGUGUGGGUCUCGCUUUCUCUCUCUCUCCUCCCUCUCGCUCUCUCUCCUCUCUCUGUAGCUUAGUCUGUUUCAUUUUUUUUCCAGCGUGAUCAAUGGCUUGACUUCCUCCUUUGGCACUACCAGUGCUGGGGAGCGCAGAAAUUUGACUGGGGCUACUCGGUUUUUACACGGCACCGAAAUUACCAGCGGUACAGGUCAGGCACCGGAUUGCCUCAGCCCGGCGCUCAGUCGAUAAGAUGAGUGCAGAGGAUGUGGUCUUCACGGGCUGGCUCAUCAAAUCCCCUCCCGAGAAGAAAUUAAAGAGAUAUGCCUGGAGGAGGCGCUGGUUCGUCCUACGUAGAGGUCGCAUGAGCGGCAAUCCAGACGUGCUAGAGUAUUACCGCAGCAAGAGCUCCAAGAAGCCCAUACGCGCCAUCGACCUGCGUGAGUGCAAGGUGCAGAUGGAGUCCGACGUUCAACUAGUGAAGCGCGAGUUCCGGAACCAGCCCCUCUUCGUGGUGAAGACCCUGGCCCGCGUCUACUACCUGGUGGCCAAGACGGAGGAGGAGAUGAACUGCUGGGUGUCCCACAUCAGUCAGAUAUGCCACUUCAGUCCGUUGAAUGAUGAAAGAGAGUCUGCACACAUCUUCUCUCACGCCCCGGCGUCCCCUCAGCCGUCACCCACCGAUUCCGCCCGUGUAUCCCGCGCCACCAGCCAUGACCUCACCGGCGACACCAGCGCCACAGAGGACAGUCGCAGCGAAUCCGAGUCCAGCUUGCCGCCAGAUUACCUCGUCCUGUCGCAGUGUGAGACCGGCAGGGUUAAAGUUAACAGUUUUAACAGCUGUUCAAACUCUGAGAGAUCCCUGGAGCAGAACUCAUCCGACAACGCCUGCGAGGACGUCUUCUUCUCGCCCCUCAGCGCCAGUCAGAUCCUCUCCCCCUUCAGCUCUGGAAGACCCCUGGAGCUAACCCUUAGCACCUCCUGCUGCUCCACCCCUCUGUGCAGGACGCUCGAUCAUCAAGCCUCUGCCACCUCCUCACCGGCUUCAGAUGUUUUUCAGUUCGACAAGCCGCCGUCUUCCCUGUCCCUAGGGGGAGCAAUGGACGUUCACACGCCUCCCCCCCGACCUCCGAAGCCCAGCCGCUUCUCGGAGCGCUGUGGGGACGAGGCAGUCCACUACGUGGCGCUCCAGAGCACUGAUGGGCUGUUCUCUGUGCGUCCUGCUCCCAUUCCGCGGAGAAUUUCCCUGCCAGGCCUUGAUCACAUUCGGAGAGAAUUUGAUACGAAGUCUGAAAGACGCUGGAACAAACGACUCAGUCUUAAUUUGCCUCAUCUGACAGCAAUGUCCAACUCGAAUUCGACAGACUGUUGUGACGACUCUUAUGUCCCUAUGAAUUCUGGGACUUCCCCACCUGCCACUGUUUCAGAGAACUCUCCCGAUGGAUAUAUCCCCAUGAGCCCAUUGUCAAUUAAAUACCUCCUGUCCAAUAAUAAAGCAGAGAACCUCCAGGCCACGCCCAACUUUCAAGCGCUGCCCAAUGACCUGGAGCCUCCUCCGGUGAACCGUGAUUUGAAGCCUCGCAGAAGAGCGAGACCUCCACCCCUUGACCUGCGGGGCCUGUCCACCAUCCGAGAAUGUCCGUUCCACCUGCCCCUGGUGAGGACGCUGACGGAACCAGGACCAUCAACAAACUGGUUCUCACUGGAAAGACGAUGCAAUACAGGAGGGAACCCAGCAAACGGAGAGGGCAACUGUCUUCCAGCGGAGCCCCGGCAGCUGCUGUUCCCUGCUAGCGGAAGCCCCACCCCCCAUAUGCCCAGGACGUCAAACCUUGACUACCUUUCCCUGGACUUCAACUCCGCGUCGCCCUCGCCCGUGCAGAAGGCCUUGCUGGCAGACGAGCAAAGAGUGGAUUAUGUGCAGGUGGACAAGAAGAAGACUCAGGCCUUGCAGAACACUAAGAUGGACUGGAAAGACUUCCGACAAUCCAAAGAAUAGCAAAGCAUCCUGGGAAAGCGUUAACGGCAAAGCAGAACGUGUCAUGGUGUGGGGCGGCAUGAGCCAGUGGAACCAAAAAAACAAUCGAGCUGUCAAGGGUGGAUAAAUAUCCUUUUAUUGGGUGCCAUUUACUGAUGAAUGUCCCUACACUGCCUCAAGUAUUUUUUAAAUGAAAUAAGGACUUUUCUUGGUUUUAAUACAGGGAUUUGUUUUCUAUUGAAUUUCGUUCGCCAGUUUUCAGUUGUACAUAUGUCACAAGACCAAACAAACUGAAUGUCAUGCCACUUUUCAUGUUUUUGUUCUCUAAAAUAAUGAAUCUUAGAUCGCAGUACUAUGAUUUCCUAGUAUGAUCAUUGUGUAACAGUUACUAUGCAUUUUUUCCAGCUAAAGAUUUAACAUCUGCUAGCUUCUAAAUAAUGCUACGACAGCAGUGUGUGCAUAUAUAAUGAUAUUUUUCCAUUUUGCUGUUGCAGUAAUUCUUAAAAUCAUGAAUGCCCACAUUAUGAGUUAUAAUUUGUCACUUUUAAGAUAGCCUGGCAUCCAGGGUAUACUUUAUCUUAUGAUCUGUGUUCUGGCUCACCGUUUCCCUAAAAAAAUAAUUAUAAAGCGAAAGAAAUAUGAUACGUGUUCAAAACCAGCAUUACCUCCAUCACAGGGCCAGUAUAAAGUUUCACAGCCAAGGACUUGAUCCUCUUUCUCUUUUAGCUUAAUACAAUCAGUUCCAGAAAGUAUGCUUUUGUUCCUAAACAUCGAUUAAACAAGUCAAUUAGGAUUAAAUUACCCCCACAGAAUUGAGAGGAGAAUGAAAUGUCUUCAUUGAAAAUUGCUGUAUCUCUUAAAAUAGGCAUUUAAUAUGCAAAGCUGUCAGUGGCUGUAAAUGUUUAGGGCGAAGCGAGCAUCUCAUUUUCCUCACAUUGGACUGUCCUAAAGCGUGCAUCUUGGAAAAUAUAGUGGCAGUUUAUUUACUCGCUCAGUGCAUGAUUAACCAAGGACGUCCUAAUGGGAUUUGGGGUGAGGAAGAACUGAAAUGCAACAAUACAGAUAACAGCUUUCAAUGAGGCUGGCAAGAUGUAGGCUUUAAUUAAGUGUGGCUACCCAUGAAACAGUACGAUGACAACUGAGCUGCAAAGAGUAAUAAUAAUAAUUAAAGAAAACUAUUAAAACGCAUAAAAUAUUUGGGGAAAAAAACACAUUCACAACAUACAGUAUUUUUCCAUGUUUAAUUGCAGUCCACAUGCUUGCAGUCUAAUUGCUAAAUCUGAUCAUAAUGUCUUUCAGGUCUUUCAAAAACGUCGAGAGUAACUCUGCUCAUUCUGUGUCUGAUGCAGUUACUUUCAUACUACAGAUUAAGAGUGAUGGCGUUACUCUUUCUAUACUGUAGCUCCCUAUUACUUUACAGAAUAUUUGUACUUCUUAUGGUUUUUUUUUUUCCAGUAACCAUUCAAGUAGAAUUGAACCCAUUUUUAUUGUUUUAUCGACAAUGGGACUUUAACAAAGAGAAAUUUGUUAUAUAAGAGCAAAUGCUCUUACUUUAUGUAUAAUUAAUAUGCUGCUGCUGGAGAGAAUUUCUUUUUUCUUAACUGUGAUAAACCCAGAAACCAGGUACUGUGUGUUCCACUAUUGCUAGACCAUUAGCACAUACAUUUACAGAACAAUCCCACAUUAUAUGUAUAUAAUAUCAAUUGCCUUCUUUUGACAGGAAAACAUUAUCUGAUGGUGCAUCAGUUUUUCACUUCUUUGGGCUGUUACCAUGCGUGUUGAAAUAAUCAGCUAGGAAUAAGUAAAUAAUUUAUUCUCCUCAGAAGGAAAAACACAACAGGAAACUCGUGCUGCCAAAGAAUUGUCUCUUUUUAGUUUUUUCCAUUGUGCACCUGUUUUGUUCCUACCUAUGGUACAGCUGGCCGGUUUUUAUCUUUGCUCUCUUUUCAGGCUACAGUUGGGCUGUAUUUCAAUAGGUAACCAUACGUGUCUUAAAGAAAGAAGCUUAACAUUUUCUAAAGUAUCUGAAAGAACAAAUUAUGGUAAAGCCUAAAUGGCAAUGUAUGAUUACUGUGAAUUACUGUGAAUUCAUCUUAUCUAUAGGGCUACAAUAAAGCACAACUGGAAAAACUCA